AUGAGAAUCACCAACAGCACAGUGCCCGUGUACACGGUUUCGGGCUCAUCGACCUCGCGAAACCUCCCAGACUGGCUGCCAGAAAAGCAAAGGCGCAAGAAGGAUCCCAAAUAUGCCAAUCGAGUGGAACUGUUGCAGGAUUUUGAAUUUGAAGAGGCCAGUCAAUGUGUUCGCAUCAGUGAAGAUGGCGAAUGGGUCAUGAGCACCGGCACCUACAAGCCUCAGAUUCAUACACACUACCUCCCCAAUCUUGCACUUUCCUGGGCCAGGCAUACAAAUACUCUGAACAAGACCUUUCUAUUCCUGUCCUCUGACUAUUCCAAAACCGUUCAUCUGCAGGAGGACCGCAGCAUAGAAUUCCAUACUCCGGGAGGCUGUCAUGACUCUCUCCGGAUCCCACGUUACGGUCGGGACCUUGCAUAUGACCGGAGCAACACCGAACUACUAGUCCCUGCCGUUGGGGUCAAUUCUAACGGGAUGGGAGAGGUUUUCAGGAUCAACCUUGAGCUGGGCCGUUUCAUGAAUGCAUUUGAGUUAGAUGUCGGGGGGGAUGACAUGCACUCUGUGGGUGGCGGCGCAUUACAAGGAGGCAUUCGAACUGGCAGCGUGAAUGUUGCAGCAGUGGCCGAAGGAAGCCAUAACCUUCUGGCUUUCGGCACUUCUCUCGGGACCGUGGAGUACUGGGACACCAGGUCGAGGGCUCGGGUAGCCACCCUGGCAUUGCCAACAGAUUACGAAGGGCGUCCUGAAGUUACAGCACUUGCUUUCCAUCAGGCGGGCAUCAGCAACGCUGUUGGAACCUCUUCUGGCCUCAUUUACCUUUACGAUCUUCGGUCUCCGGUCCCAACCCUGAAAAAGGAUCAAGGUUAUGGAUAUCCAAUCCACUAUGUCCAGUACCUGACUCAACCGAGCAUGACUCGAGCUUCUAUCUCCGAGCCGAAGGUGGCUUCCGCGGAUCGGCGGAUAUUAAAGCUUUGGGAUGAGCGAGACGGUACACCGUGGACGUCGGUGGAGCCAGCUGUCGAUAUCAAUUGCGUGGCUUGGUGCAAGGAUAGUGGAAUGUUCUUGACAGCCAACGAAGGUCGACAGCAGCAUGCUUUCUUCAUCCCUCAACUUGGCCCUGCCCCCAGAUGGUGUUCCUUCCUUGACAAUGUUGUGGAAGAAAUGGCCGACGAUCCUAAUGAUCCGUACGCGUUCUCUCGGACCAAAGUUGGCGAAGUCUACGACAACUACAAAUUCCUGACCCCAGCUCAACUUCGCAUGCUAAACUUGGAUCACCUUGUUGGAAAGACAAACCUUCUCCGACCUUACAUGCAUGGUUUCUUCGUUGCCCAAGGUCUCUAUGAGGAAGCAAGACUUAUUGCAAACCCCACCAGCUGGGAAGAAGAACGGGCGAAACGUGUCCAAGAAAGGAUCGAGAAAGAACGGGAAAGCCGAAUUAGAGGAAAGAAAAAGAUUACAGCCAAAGUCAAUCGCCAGAUGGUGGAGAGAAUCCUUGAACGCGAGGAGAAGAACGAGAAACGACGUGCUCAACGAGUCUUGGCCCAGGGUGGUGACGAACGCGCUGCUCUGGAAGCCGGUCAGGCCGGAACCACUCCAGUGGAGGAGAAGGGUCUGCUCGCGGAUUCUCGAUUUGCAAAAUUGUUCCGGGAUGAGGAUUUCGCCGUGGAUGAAACCUCAAGAGAGUUCCAGCAACUUAAUGCUAGCACAAAAGUCGCUCCACCGUCUAAUCAUGAUCGCGAAAAAGGGCUUACCGCAGUUGAGGAAGAGGAACUUGAUGAGGUGCCUGGGUCAAGCGAUGAGGAUACUUCAGAUAACAAUGCAGCGGGACCCAACAGGUACAAGACUACUGAUCGAGUAUCUACUGCAGAUUACAAACGUCGCCCUAGUCAGAAAGAGAAACGACGAGACCAGAUGCAAGUGCGAGUUACUUCGUCGGGGUCGAAGACGGGUCCGAAAACGCCGCAUGAUCGAUCUUUUAGAUCUCGAGCUGAGAAUUUGCAGCCUGUUCAGCGAGCGAAGCGGCCUACUGGCAUUGGUAGUGCCGUGGGCGACAAGCUGAUCACAUUUGAACCAAGCGAUAGGAAGUCCAAAGCAGCAGAAAGAAGCGAUAAUGCCUCCAAAAAGACCGGACGAUAUCAAGAACGAAGAAGCGCUUCUGGCAACACAUUUAGGGGGAUGUAA